AUGAUGCUUCAAUUCCAGAAAAAAAGACCAAGAUGUGUCUCAAGUGAUGAAAGAGAUGAAUUACACACAAAAUUACAGCAAAAAAUACGUACACUACAGCAAAAACUAAGAAGAACCAAAACGAAGAUGAACACCAUGCAUGACGUUAUUCAAUUCCUAGAAGAAAAAUUAGUGUUAAAUCCCAAAGAAUCGGAAGCUCUGCUGUCCACCCUCAACAACACUCAACUCAUAUUUCUCUACAACUUCCAAGACAACAUCAAGUCUGCCCCAUCAGCAAGAAGAUACAGUGACGAAAUUAAAGAAUUCGCAUUGACAUUGUAUUUCUAUUCUCCCUGGGCAUAUAAAUAUGUCAGGUCUUUGGUUCCACUCCCUAAUCCAUCACUGACUAGAAAGUGGUCUUCCUCAUUCAAGUGUGAUCCAGGCUUUAUUGAUGAGGCAUUCACAUCCCUUUCUCAGAAGGUAGCCCAAUCAAAUAAUGACAAAGAUUGCUGUUUGGUAAUAGACGCAAUGUCUAUCCGAAAACAAACCAUCUGA